AUGAUAAUUCAUAAAGAUAAUGAUGAUAAUGAAGAAGCCAUUAAAAAUACGAAUAUUAACAUUAUUGAGGAUAACAGUGAUAUAAACAGUGAUAUAAAUAAUAAUAUCAAUAAUAAUAAUAAUAAUAAUAAUAAUAAUAAUAAUAAUAAUAAUAAUAAUAAUAAUAAUAAUAAUACUGGUCAAAAUUUAUCAAUCUCCAAUUCUUCCUCUUUUAAAUCUCCCAUUUUUAAUACCCAGUUUAACAGUCCAGUACAAAUCAUGUCUCAAAAUGAAAUUCAUUCCAUUUUUUUUGACACUUCGUCAGCUUCAAUUAACCACAAUAUUGACAAUAACAAUAACAAUAACAAUAACAAUAACAAUAACAAUAACAGUAACAGUAACAUUGAUAUUGACAAUGAUAAUGAUAACGACAAUGAUUUAUUAUUCAGAAAAAAUCUGUUUAAUGAAUCAAGUCCAAAAAUUGACGAAAAUAUACUAAACUCGCUAACUUUCUCUCUAAAUAAUAUAAAUAAUAUAAAUAAUCAACUUCACAUCCAAAAUGACAAUGAUGAUGAUAAUGAUAAUGAUAGUGAUCUUACUUACUCAAAUUAUUCUCACAACUUCUCUAAUAUACAUCUGCCUGACACUUCUAAUGAUUACCCAAAGACACCAUCCCAAUUAUUCUACUCCGAACCUUUAACUCCUAAUGAUAUUCAUCCAAUUAUACCUUGUUUCUCAUAUUAUAAUUACAAUGAUCAUCACAAUAAUGAUCAUCAUAAUAACCAUAGUAAUGAUCAUCAUAACAAUCAAAAUAACCAUUAUAAUCACAAUAUUCAUGAUGAUAGAAAAGUAACCUUUCCUUCGAUUAAAAUGGAACAGUUCAACCCUAAAAGUGCUUUAUUCAUUCCUAUAAUGCCCUCUAAAAUUGGUGACGAAGAUGAAGAUGCUUAUAAUAAUAACAAUGAUAAUGAUGACUGUAUUUUAGAUUUCACUUUACAAUCUCCAUCAAAAUGUAAACCAACUCAAAAUAAAAAUAAAAAUAAAAAUAAAAAUACAAAUCAAAAAUCAAAAUCAAAACCAAAACCAAAAUUAAGGUCAAAAUCAAACUCAAAACCAAAUUCAAAAAAAUUUAAUACCAUCAAUAAAUCAAAAAAAAACUCAAAAAGGAUUCAAUCUUAAAACAAACAAAUUAAUGAC